AUGAUGAAAUUCACAAAGGCCGACACGGCGUCCGGUUUGGAUCCUUCUAGUCUGGCGGAGGCCCCGGAGCUGGUCCGUUCGGUUGCCCGGGCCAUGGAGGGACUUGCCGAGGAGAUCCAGUCGCUUGACCAGGGCCAUUGGAAAUGGGUGCCAAGGUGGAUCAAGGUCGUCGCCACCGAGCUGGAGUUGCUCAAGACGAAUAUGCUCCAAAUCUGGUUCAUCUCUGCCGUAGCCGAUCCACGACAUGGGGCACCGGCACAGCAGGCAAGAGACGCCACCUACUCCAUCGAAGGCCAUUGGAAAUGGGUGCCAAGGUGGAUCAAGGUCGUCGCCACCGAGCUGGAGUUGCUCAAGACGAAUAUGCUCCAAAUCUGGUUCAUCUCUGCCGUAGCCGAUCCACGACAUGGGGCACCGGCACAGCAGGCAAGAGACGCCACCUACUCCAUCGAAGUGAUUCAAGACAAGAUUGAGUGUUGCAGGCUUCAAUCUAGCCUUGUUCCACGUAACAAGAUUCUCAAUCAUCUGUUCAAGCUGCUUCUUGCUCUGAGAUGUCGAUGGAACCGCUCCAAUCCAGACAGGAUCAUCAGGGAGAUCAAAGCUAUGAAUGAGAAAGCUCAUAGGCUUGUCCCUCUCCUAGACAAGGGCCAAGGCCAAUUUUCCAAUCCACCGCCAUCGUCGCCUGGUUCCGUCAGCAACACUCGUCGGACAGUGGUGUAUGGGCGCGACAGGGAGAGGGAUGAGGUCGUGCGGAUGCUCAUCCGAUCAUGCGGUGAGGCUGCACCGGAGAUGAUGGUCUCUCUUGUUGGUGAUGGAGGAAUUGGGAAGACAACACUCGCUCAGAUGGUAUUCAACGAUGAAAGCGUCAGGCAGCAUUUUGAUGUCAGGUGUUGGGUGUCAGUUUCCAGUGUCUCCAACCAAAUGGAGCUCGCAACAGAGAUUUUAAGAUCGGCCCAACCAUCUUGGGUUGGAUCUGAUGAGAAUAAGAUGGUGGGUUUUCAAGUGCUUCGGUCCGAGCUUCGUCAAUUUGUGGCAUCCAAGAGAUGCCUGAUUGUUCUAGAUGAUGUAUGCAACAGUAAGGAUGAAACCUUACUGGACAUCGUCACUCCUCUUCUUUCAGCAGAUAGCAGAAGCAGAAUUUUGGUGACUUCUCGCAUGAUACCUCACAUAUUGGGUUCCUCACAGCUAUACACUGUAAAUCCACUGGAUACCGAUGAUUGUUGGUCCCUGCUCAAGGAACAUGCUUUUCCCAUUGAUGACGAGAAUGUCCAUCCAGAUCUGAAGUUGAUUGGAAAGGAAAUUGCUACAAAAACCAAUGGAUCACCUUUGGCUGCCAAGCUGGUGGGAGGGUUGCUAGGAGAAACAAGGAGCAAAGCGCACUGGAGAAAUAUCCUUGAAACAGGGUUACAAGAUGGCACUGUUUUCUCUGCCCUACUCUUGAGCUAUAAGAACUUGCCUGGACACCUCAAGCGAUGCUUCACAUAUUGCAGUUUGUUUCCAGAGGACUAUAAGUUUGAUCCAGCACAUUUGUCCCGCCUUUGGAUUGCGGAGGGUUUUGUACAUCCACAUGGCAGGGCUGAGAAAAGGAUGGAAGACAUAGCUAGAGAAUAUUUUGAUCAGCUCCUUUCAUGCUCAUUUUUUCAGGAGAUCAACAUUGGACACAAGACUUAUUACUUGGUGCAUGGCCUACUCCAUGAACUUGCAAAGUAUGUUGCGGAGGAGGACUGCUUCCGUAUUGAUGAUGGCAUGAAUUUUGACAUCCCAUCAACAGUGCGCCAUUUGUCUGUCACCAUGAACAAUUUACCUGGCCUCAUAAACUUUUCCGGGCUAGAAAAGUUGCGCACCUUGUUAAUCCAACCAUCACUUUCAUCCUCCUCCAGUUGCUUCCAAGAAGAUUUUGUGGUGAAUUUAAAAGGUAUCCUGGCGAAGUCAAAACAUUUGCAUGUUCUUGAUCUUAGUUGCUAUAACUCUAAAGAGUUUCCCAAUUGCAUUAAUGACUUAUUGCACCUCCGUUACCUCUCUAUCCAUGGCUCCAUCCAGAGGCUUCCUGAGUCCAUUGGCAGGCUUUGCCACCUGCAAACAUUGCGCUUCACCGGGGAAUGUUCCCUUGAGAAGCUUCCUGCUAGCAUUAUUAUGCUAGUCAAUUUGCGGCACCUUAUUGUUGAGACAAAGUAUACUGCAGGAUUGGUGGGCAUUGGUCGGCUAGCAAAUCUUCAGGGAUCACUUGAGCUCCACAUUGAGAGGAGGGAAGGACAUAAACUAGAAGAGUUGAGGAACAUCAAUGGUCUUCGUGGGCUACUAAAAAUAAAAGGUCUAGAAAAUGUUUCAAGCUAUGAAGAAGCAUGCAAAGCUGAGUUGAAUAAGAAAACACAUCUUAAUUCUCUAAAUUUAGAAUGGAGCUUUGCUAGUAGGAAUAACCCACCUUCUGCUGAUGCGGAGGUACUUGAAGGCUUAAAGCCGCACCAAGACAUAAAGGUACUUCAUAUACGAAGGAGUUUGGGAAUCCUUCCUCCAUUGGGAAAUUUGGGAUCACUCAGAUAUUUACACAUGAAGGAGUUGUGUGCAGUUGACCGAAUUGGACAUGAGUUUUAUGGCAACGUUGAUGUGGCAUUUCCAUCUCUAAGUGUCCUUGAAUUGGAUGACUUCCCAAAGUUGCGUCAGUGGGCUGGCACAGAGGACAAGGUCUCAUUUCCAUGCCUUGAAAGAUUGAUUAUAGUGGAUUGUCCAGAACUGGUCGGAAUUCCUCCCUUCUCCGCAACUACUCGUGAAGUUACCAUUGAGCGUACAUGCUUCAUGCCAUACAUGAGGCUUGCGCCUUUUUCUUCAGGUUCAGAGAAGCUCCAGCUGGAUGUUUGCACAACUUCUGGCCACUUCAACGGGUUACUCCAUAAGCAACAUCUAAAGGUUGUUGUAGCCUUAAACAUAACUGGUGCUGAACAAGUCGUUGCUACCGAAGAAAUAGGGUCCCUUGUUUCUCUACAGAGGCUUCAGCUUCGUCGAUGCAAUUUCACUGACUAUAACUUUAGCAGGUUUCUCCAGGCUCUGCCUUGUCUUUCCUCGUUGGAGAUAAUUGACCUGCCUAACUUAACAUCUCUUCCAGCAUUGGAAAUAGUUGGGGUUAGCACAAUGCUCACGGAUUUGUCUGUACGCAACUGCCAGUUCUUGCAGUCUCUAUCCUCAUUGCAGUUUUUUGAUUCACUAAAAUAUUUGGUCAUCGAGAGAUGUCCUAAAGUGACUGCAACAUCAUUUCCAUUGAACUUUAGGAGCCUUUCAUCGCUCAGAGUGCUGAGAAUAUCACACUGCUCAGAGCUCCAAUCUUUACCGACGUGUGGUCUGCCAUCCUCAUUGGAAACACUCCAUAUUACUAGGUGCCACCCGGAGUUGUCCAAGCAAUCAAGAAACAUGAAAGGGCAUUAA